CUGUGGACGACUUCGGGUAGCUAUAAACAGAUACAUUAGUGUUGAGUAUUGCGGACAUUUGCAAAAUGUACCAAUCCAGUGAACCUGCUAGGAAAGAGAACAAGUUCGAAGCGUCGAUAGAGGAGUUGAAAAAGAAAACAUUUGUGACUGCUGCGGAUAUCGAGAGUUAUGGAAAGAGUGGCAUCACAUCGGAAUGCCAGAAGGCACUGAAUCGCUCAUUGACCAACCCAGAGGAGUUCUGGGGGGAAGUUGCGCAGGAGUUGGAGUGGACGAAGCCCUGGGACCGCGUCUUGGACAACACCAAUCCACCGUUUACAAAAUGGUGGGUAGGUGGAGAGAUGUCGGUAUGCUACAACGCAGUAGACAGGCACGUGGCAAAUGGCCGUGGCGAGCAAGUGGCGCUCGUCCAAGACUCGCCGCUCACCGACACCGUGAGGAAGAUCACCUACGCUGAGCUCAAAGAACAGACGUCACGCUUGGCGGGCAAGCUGGCAUCCCUCGGGGUUACCAAAGGCUCCAGGGUCCUUAUCUACAUGCCUCUCGUACCAGAGGCAAUCAUAUCCAUGCUAGCCACCAACAGGAUAGGCGCCAUACACUCUGUUGUUUUUGGAGGUUUUGCUGCAAGAGAACUUCGCACGCGAAUAGAACAUGCGGAACCGACUGUCAUCAUAGCAGCCAGCUGUGGAGUCGAGCCUAACAAGAUUGUCAGAUACAAAGAUAUCCUAGACGAAGCGCUAUGCCAGAGUUCGCAUCAGCCCAGGAGUUGCAUCAUCUUCCAGCGAAGGCGGGUGCUAGAGUGCAUCCUGGAGCCAGAGCGUGAUAUCUCCUGGGACGAGGCGCUAGAGGCUGAGCCAGUGGACUGUGUCUCCGUGGAAGCUAAUGAGCCCUUGUAUAUUCUUUACACUUCAGGUACAACAGACACGCCCAAAGGCGUGCAAAGACCAUGCGGGCACGCUGCCACGCUUUGCUGGUCAAUGAAGGCGGUAUACGGGCUGAAGAAAGGCGUGUGGUGGGCGGCUUCAGACCUUGGAUGGGUUGUGGGUCACUCCUACAUCUGCUAUGGCCCGCUGCUAGCUGGUAUGACUUCAGUGCUGUAUGAGGGAAAGCCCGAUCGCACUCCAGAUCCUGGCCAAUAUUUUAGGAUCAUUGAGCAACACCGCGUCAACGCCAUCUUCACGAUCCCUACAGCAUUCAGAGUGCUAAAGCGAGCUGACCCCAACGCCAAGUACUCCAGGAGGUACUGCCAGAAGUCUCUCAAGACCGUCUUCAUUGCUGGCGAGCAUUGUGACCAGGAUACUAGGCAAUGGGCCGAGCGUGUCUUCGGUGUUCCAGUUUUGAACCACUGGUGGCAGACGGAGACAGGGUCGCCCAUUACGGCACCCUGCGUAGGAUAUGGAGUCAAUGCUAUACCACCACAUUCAGCUGGUUAUCCCGUCCCUGGAUAUGACAUCCGUACACUGAAAGAAGACGGUACAGAGUGCCAGCCCGGCGAGGUUGGCAGGCUGGUCGCCAAGCUGCCGCUGCCUCCAGGGUUCGCCUCCACACUCUGGAAGGCUGAUGAACGCUUCAAGAGCAUUUAUUUCGAAUCAUAUCCUGGUUACUACGAUACCCAAGAUGCUGGCUGGAUCAGCUCUGAAGGCGCAGUUUGGGUGGUAGCCCGAGCUGAUGACGUCAUCAACGUGGCCGGCCACAGACUAUCCACAGCUGCGCUUGAAGACGUGGUGCUACGGCACGCAAGGGUCGCUGACGCUGUAGUGGUGGGUGCACCAGAUCCUACGAAAGGAGAUGUGCCCUUGUGUCUGUAUGUUAUGAGACCUCCUCAGGAUGAUGAAGAAAUGGUAGCGGAAAGCACAGUGACACAAGAACUCAUUGCCUUGGUCCGUCAUCUGAUUGGGCCAAUCGCGGCUUUCAGAAAAGCCGUAGCAGUUCCCGCACUUCCCAGAACUAGAUCAGGAAAAGCCCUCCGAGGAGCCAUCGCGAAGCUAGCAAGAUCUCAGCUGGUCAAACUGCCGUCAACGAUAGAGGAUCCCUCAGUGUUCGGAGAAAUUAAAAUUGCUUUACAAAAAUUCGGAUACGCUAUCGACGCUCCCGAUCCAGAAUUUUAAGUCAAUUUGUGAUUCUGAGACUUUUAGAAAUGUGUGGAUUCUGUUAAAUGGAAAAAAAUAUGUGUCUGAUUAUUUAAGAAUAUAAAUUAAUUUAAUUACCUACUUAGGUUUAAGUUGAGGUACAAUGCUGGAUUAAUGUAGAGUCAAUUUUGUAAUUUUAUAGGAUAAGCGGAUAUUGCACUGUAGAUAUAGAAAAUAAUAUUUAAAUUACUUAAAAAUCUAACAAAUAAGAUAAUGUAGUAAGUACAUCUUCUUGAUAAU